AUGAGGAAACAGAAAAGAGCCCUUCUUUUUAUCCAAGUGAAAGCUGAAGGGCAGAUCGCAUUCCUGUGUGGGCCCAUCAUCUUCACCCCAACCAUCCAACUAUACAUCCACACCUCUCAACCCGCCAGAUGGAAAAUAGAAAUAAUAACCUUUUUACCCAUUAUUCCUACUCCUUUAUCCUGCACAUAUGCAUAUCCAGCUGAGAGAUCAUACUACCAUGUUAAGAGAGGGACCUUAUACUCCCAAGUAACCCAGACUCACACCGAAGAAAAAACUUCAUCUCUUUGGACAGUCCCCCUCUUCUCUUGA